GAGCGCCCCGCAAGGCCCAGUGAGCUGCCGCCACCAGCCUGGGGCCCUUUUCUAAGAUGACCCGCACGGACCCGCCGGACCUGCUGGUGUCGACCGUGUACCAGGACAUCAAGGUGGCGGCCCCGGGGCCCGCGUCGGGGCCCGCGCCGAGGCGCCCGCCAUGUGAGCGCCCCGCGGCCAGGCCCGCUGCGCCCGCGCCUUUCAACAAGCGCCACUGCCGCAGCUUCGACUUCCUGGAGGCGCUGGACGCGGAGGCCAUGGAGGGCGGCCCGGAGCCGCCGCCCCCGGAGCCCGCCGCGCCGCGCUCCCGGCCCAGAGACGGCGAGUCGCGGCGCCGCGCCCGCUCCAAGAGCGCGCCCCGCGCCCCCCCGGGCCUGGCGCCCGCGCCCGCCUCCCCGCCCGUGCUGCCGCGCCGCGGCCGGGAAGCCCAGCGGGCGGCGCGGGCGGAGGCGUCCCCGCGCCGAGAGCCCGCGUACCCCGCGCUGCGCGCGCUCGCCAACGAGCUGCACCCCAUCAAGCUGCAGCCUCAGCGCGGCGGCCCCGGCCGCAUCGCGCCCCUCUGCGCCGCCGCGGGCCGCUGCGCGCCGCCCGAGCCCCCCGCGGGGCCCGCCCCCCACGUCCGCUGCCGCCUGGACAUCAAGCCCGACGACGCGGUGCUGCAGCACGCCGCCCGGGGCCCGCGGCCCGGCGGGACCCCCGACAGCGCGCCCUGGGCGCGCGCCGGCCCGCAGCUCUACGGGCGCACCGUGCCCGGGCCCCGCCACGUGGCCCUGUCGCGCACCCCCACCCCCAGCGACUCGUACUGCGCGGACCCGCGCGCGCUGUACUGCGACGGCUCCCUGCCCGCGCCCCGGGACUUCGCGGAGCGCCGCAGCCUGGCCUUCGCCGCGCCCCCGGGCCCCACCCAGUUCUUCUACACCGAGGAGCCCGAGGGCCCCCCAGGCGGCUACGCCGCCAGCCCCGGGCCCGCCUUCGACGGCUACUACCCCAGGCCCUUCCCGUCGGAGGAGCCUCCGGGGCCCAGCCCCGGGCGCGCGGGCGGCUACUACGCGGGGGAGGCGCGCGCCUUCCCGGUCCAGGAGCCGCCGUCCCGCUCCUACUACGGGGAGGACCCGCGGGCCUACGGCGCGUUCUGGGCGCCCCGCUACGGCCCCGAGGAGCUGCGGGCCCACCCCGCCUCCCGGAUCUUCUACACCGAGGACUUCGGGCGGUACCGCGACCGCGAGGCCCUGGCGCGGACCUACCCGCACCCGCGCAGCAGCCAGGCCUGGGGGGACUGGGGCCCGCGGCCCUACCGCACCCUGCAGGUGGCGCCUCCGCCCGACCCCGGCCAGCUGCUCGCCUCCUGGCACGGGGGCGCCGGCACCAGCCCGCCGCGCCUGGUCACCGACAGCCGCCACUACUCCCGCUCCUGGGACAACAUCCUGGCGCCGGGGCCCCGCCGGGAGGACCCCCUGGGCCGCGGCCGCAGCUACGAGAACCUGCUGGGCCGGGAGCCGCGCGCCGCGUCCCCCGAGGGCCGGCGCGCCCCGGUCGUGGUGAACCUGUCCACCUCGCCCCGGCGCUACGCGGCGCUGUCGCUGUCCGAGACGUCGCUGUCCGACAAGGGCCGGGGGGGCGAGGGGCCCGGCCGCAACUGGUACGUGACCCCCGAGAUCACCAUCACCGACAACGACCUGCGCGCCGCCGAGCGCCCCGCCGCCAGGGCCCGGGAGCCGCCGGGGGGCCGCCCGCGGCCGCCCCCGCCCGCCGCCCCCGCGGCGCGCCAGCGCAGCCUGGAGCAGCUGGACGAGCUCAUCACCGACCUGGUCAUCGACUCCCGGCCCGCCGGCCGCGCCCCCGAGGCCGCGGCGGAAGGGCCGGGCCGCGCGCCGCGCCGCCCGCCGGACGCCCGGCCCGCCCGGGCGCCGCGCUCGCCGCCCGCGUCGGCCGGCAGCGCCGAGGAGCCCGCGGGGCGCGCGGCGGACGCGUCCCCGGAGCCCAGCGCCGACGAGGACGACCUGAUGACCUGCUCCAACGCGCGCUGCCGGCGCACCGAGACCAUGUUCAACGCCUGCCUCUACUUCAAGUCCUGCCACAGCUGCUACACCUACUACUGCUCGCGCCUGUGCCGCCGCGAGGACUGGGACGCGCACAAGGCGCGCUGCGUGUACGGCCGCGUGGGCAGCGUGUGCCGCCACGUGCUGCAGUUCUGCCGCGACAGCGCGCCGGUGCACCGCGCCUUCUCGCGCAUCGCGCGCGUGGGCUUCCUGUCGCGCGGCCGCGGCGUGCUCUUCCUGGGCUUCCCGAGCCCCGGCUCCGCCGACAACUUCCUGCGCUUCGGCCUCGAGGGGCUGCUGCUGUCGCCCACCUACCUGUCGCUGCGCGAGCUGGCGGCGCACGCCGCGCCCCUGGGCAGCUACGCGCGCGAGCUGGCGGCCGCGGGGCGCCUCUACGAGCCGGCCGAGUGCUUCCUGCUCAGCGUGUCGGUGGCCGUGGGCCCCGGCGCCGCGCCCCCCGGCGCCCCCGGCCGGCCCGCGCCCGCGCCCGCGCCGCGCAGCGCGGGGCCCACCGUGCGCAAGUUCGCCAAGGUGGCGCUGGCGGCCGGCAGCCCGGCGCGGCCGCCCCCGGCGCGGGGCCGCGAGCCCGACAUGGAGACGCUGAUCCUGACGCCGCCGCCCGGCACGGCGGGCCUGGACCAGGACGGCGAGGCGGGGCGGCGCGCGCGCGAGGUGGCCUUCAUCCACAUCCAGCGCGAGCUGCGGCUGCGCGGCGUCUUCCUGCGCCGCGAGUUCCCGCGCGUGUACGAGCAGCUCUGCGAGUUCGUCGAGGCCAACCGGCGCUUCACGCCCACCACCAUCUACCCCACGGACCGGCGCACCGGCCGCCCCUUCAUGUGCAUGAUCAUGGCCGCCUCCGAGCCGCGCGCCCUCGACUGGGUGGCCAGCGCCAACCUGCUGGACGACAUCAUGUGA